ACUACUUAUCAUUGUUAAUACCACGGGUUUAUUUGUUCUCAAAUAUAUAAAUUCAUUCGUUUUAAAAAGUAAUUAGUGUUUAAGUGAUAGCAGCAUGGGUUCGACAAACGAUAGUUCUGAAAACGAAAUACGAUCUUGGUUGAAGAUUGUCCUAAAAGAUGAAAAUUUUAAGGAUAUAUCAGUCAAGAUACAAGGGAAUUCGGAAAAAGGAGAUGGUUACAUGGGUGAUAUAUGUAGUUUUUGUGUUGGUUGAAGGAACUGCGGAUAAUCAGUCAUCAAAGAAUUAUGAUCUUGUUUUAAAGUGUAGCAAAAAAAGCCAAGCUUUGCGAGAAACAUCGCCAGUGAAGGAAGCCUUUUUGAACGAAAUAUUCAUGUACCAGAAAGUUUUGCCGUGUUUUUUUCAACACCAAAAAGACAAAGGGGUGAAAGCUCCAUAUAACAGCGUGCCAAAAUGUUACGGCUCUUUUACCGGAGAGAAUAUGGAAGUUAUUGUUUUGGACAAUUUGAAAAGCAAGGGCUACGAACUAUGGCCGAGGAAGCAACCAUUGUCACGAAGACAUAUCGAUUUGGUAGUUACAGAAUAUGGUAAAUAUCAUGCAACGUCCUUGGUUGUACAACAUCAACGACCAACUGAAUUUCAAAUUUUCGUCGAUGCCGUCAACGAUAUUAUGGAAAAAUUUACAAAGACAGGGAAUAUGGAGAGCCUUUUUGGAACACCAAUAGAUCAGUCAUCUGAGUUAUUAAAAAAUGAUUUGGAUGAAAGCAUUUUGCUGAGAUGGAAGGGGCUCAAAAAUCAGAUUAAAACCGUUUUUGAUCAUACGAUGAAUGACUCAAAAGCACUGAAGGUAAUUCUGCAUGGCGAUAGCUGGAAUAAUAAUUUCAUGUUUCUAUAUGAGUCAGGCGAAGAGAAAAUUCCUUUGAAGGUUGCAUUUUUGGAUUGGCAGGUGUCAAGAUACGCUUCUCCGAUUGUGGAUUUGUCAUACUUUUUGUUUGCUUGUCUGUCUAAAGAUGAUUUCGAAGAGUUGGAUGACAUUCUGGUUAGGUAUCAUACAGCAUUUAUUGGUCACUUGGUACAAUUACAGAUAGAAAAACCAGAAACGUUAUAUCCCUUAGAUCAAUUUUUGGCUGAAUGGAAACAACACUGUAAAUACGGCAUUUUGAUGGCAAGUUUGUUAAUGAAAAUUGUUUCGACAGAUAAAGAUGAGGUUCUGGAUAUCGCUGAAGUCGCUGAAAGUGGAAAGCAGAUGACCGAUACCUUUGCAAAUGAAAUCAGAGACAAAGAAAAUUAUAAGCGGAGAAUUCUACCAAUUGUGGAAUAUGCUGCUAACCAUAAUUUAAUAUGAUGUAUUCAUACUUGUUUAUUUAAAUUAAACGGCUUUGUAACUUAUUAAA